UUUCAGGAUAAUGGGGAAAUGAGAGAAUGCGCAUAAGUUGACAACAUGAGAUUUGAUUAGGGCAAUCAAUGAUGCUGCGGCGAUUCAGUGGAACGUUCAGAGGUCUCAUCCCUCUUGUGUGCUUAGUUACAGGAAUUUUGUGUACACCUGAGUAUAAAAUUCACUGGGAAGAGGCGUCGAGAGAAUGCAAGACCAAGUACGAAUCCGAACUGAUAACCUAUCAAUACAUAGGGGAAAAGAACCUUACAGCAGAAAUCAUCAAAGAACUUGGAAUAAAUGUCGAAGCGUGGAUUGACGGGAAAGUUAAAGAGUUAGGAUGCACAGAAGAUGCCUGUUACCGCAUGAAACAGCAACACACACGGGGAGAUAUGAGAAAUCCGUUCAUUUGUGUACACCUUGGCAGCUUUGAAAUACGUUGGACCGAAGUGACAUACCAAAAGGCGAAGGGUAUAUGUGGAAGUGCUCAACACAAAAUGGAAGACGUCAUAAUUGAUGUCACCAGGCUUCAGAAUGAUUUCAAGAAGCCAACAGCUUUCUGGGUCCCAGAGGUCAUUAUAGAUAGUACCCGAGAGCAAUGUACAUACGUGGUUUCCCGUGACAAUGAAACGUUGGAAUCAAGACAGGAUGACUGCUCAAUUCCAAAAAUGGGUGUCUGUAUCAACACUUCUUAUAUACCAGAUCAUCAAAUGUCAACAUUUUUGGAAAUAACUCCACUACCAUACAGAGAAGAGGCUCUGGGCGUUCAAGCCUACAUGCAAGAAGAUCUGAGCGAAGCGUCUUCCCUACAGCUAGUUGGUACUCGGACCACAGAAAAUGGAGAUUGGCAUGUCUGGGAUUUGAAGACUCUGUUGCCAUUUGCAUUCAGCGGCUUCAAUCUGAUCUUAUUCAUGGUGUUGAUGGGUUUCAUGCUGGUUCUUUGGAAAAGAGUAACAUCAAAAUGGAAUAUGGAAACCAAGAAUGUGCAUCCCUCAGAAGUAAAAAGUAAAUCAAAGUUGAAGAAAGGGAAAACGUUUUUUAAAAACACAGAGUAUCAAUGUGUUCCGGCCUCAUCUCCCGGGAACUCAACCCGUGUGAAAAUCUUACCGGAAGAGGAGAACCCGUAUUCAGAAAUAACCGGAAAGGGAGCCUGUUUCAAUGAUGAAGUCAAUCCAGUUGGACCACAUGGAAAUGGCUAUGUUGAUAUGAAAGGAAUGCCUGGUCUUGUGCGAAAUGGUGCAUAUUGUAGCUCUUUUAAGCUCGGUAAAAGUUCUUCCACACAGAAGUGCUCGAUGUAUGAUUAAUACAAUCGAGUUUGACAAAUUAUUUUGUAUAUUUUGCCGCCUGUUGAACUUGAUUAACAAACUUUAAAAAUAUGAUUUUUUUCUACUGUGUAAACCAAUAGGCUGUAAUAUUUCAGCUUUUUAAAUGGAAGUUGAAUCAAAGUUGACAAUAAACACGUUUGACUCGUGUCAAAAGAACAGCUGAUAGCCAAAUACUGUUUAAAAUACGUGAAUGAUGAACAGUUGUAUUACAAUACAAUUACAUUCAAAGACAGACGGACAUAGUGAUGUCAGUUUAAAGUUUAGGUACAUGCUCAAUACUAUGUCAUUUGACUGGCACGUGUAUAUGUAUGGAAUUGUAAAGGGUGGUUAACUAAAAAACGAAUUACUGUUGAAAUUACCGUUUAAAUAAUUAUUCGUCAAAGAACUAGGAGUUUCUUUUUUAUAUUGUGAGCUGCUUCUGUAAAAUCCUGAAAUAAUAUCAGAUAAAAUCGUAUGAGUUAACUUAUGAGAACAUCGCAAUAAACAUUACGGUGGUAUUGCAGUGCACAAAACACCUUUUAAGAUCCGCCAACUGAUUUUUUUUCUUAGGUUGAUAUAUGACAGAAAAAUGCAUGACGUCAAGUAGAACACGUAAUGUUGUUUGUUUCUCGUGUUGAAUGGAGUAUGAUUUUUUAAUGAUAAAAAAGAAUAACUAU